AUGGGUCGCGUUCGUACCAAGACUGUCAAGAAGUCCGCCAAGGUCAUCAUUGAGCGUUACUACCCCAAGUUGACUCUCGACUUCGAGACCAACAAGCGCAUCUGCGAUGAGAUUGCCAUCAUUGCCUCCAAGCGCCUGCGCAACAAGCGUAUCCAGCGUGGUCCCGUCCGCGGUAUCUCGUUCAAGCUCCAGGAAGAGGAGCGCGAGCGCAAGGACCAGUACGUCCCCGAGGUCUCUGCCCUCGACUUCACCCAGAACUCCGAGUCUGGCAUGCUCGACGUCGACCAGGACACCAAGGACCUCCUCAAGUCCCUCGGCUUCGACGCCAUCAACGUCAACGUCGUCCCCGUCGCCCAGCAGCAGGUUGCCGAGCGUCCUCGCCGCUUCGGCGACCGCCUCCCCCGCAACUAA